ACACUGACAUUUGUAGGUUAUAUUAUUUAUUGUAAUAUGUAAAUAAUUGCAAAUGCACUUUAUGAAAUAAAGAAAAUGUUUCAGUGAAUGUGUGAAAACAUAAAAUUCAAUAUGGAAAUACUUAGUGGACACGUUAUGAACCUGGCUAACAGCAUUAUAGGCGUCAGCGUACUUGCAAUGCCUUACUGCUUCAAGCAAUGUGGAAUAAUCCUUUCUAUUUUACUCUUGAUGAUUAGCAGUGUUGUUUCAAGACUGGCCUGCCACUAUCUACUCAAAUCUGCCAUCAUUUCAAGAAGAAAAACGUUUGAAUUUCUGGCGUUUCAUCUAUUCGGAAGCAUAGGAAAACUGGCUAUCGAAAUUGGAAUGAUUGGAUUCUUAUUGGGCACUUGUAUUGCAUUUUUUGUUGUGAUGGGAGACUUGGGACCUUUAAUCAUAGCAGAAGUGACAAAAGUAAACGUUACAAGCACCAUGCGAACCAGUAUUCUGACAUCGUUAGCUGUAUUUGUUGUGUUACCACUGGGAUUGCUGCGUAAUGUACAUAGUUUAAUCAGUGUUUCGAAAGCUACGAUGAUGUUUUACUGUUGUUUAGUUUUAAGAAUAAUAAUAGAAGCUAUUCCAGCCUUAUUUGAAGAUAGUUGGUACGAUAAGGUCAAUUUUUGGAGGCCAGAAGGUUUACUUCAGUGUCUUCCGAUUUUCUCUAUGGCUUUAUUUUGUCAAACCCAACUAUUUGAAAUCUAUGAUGUAGUCCCUAAUCCUACUCUUGAUAAAAUGAAUAUUUUGAUACAACAUGCAGUUAAUUUUUGUACAGCAGUGUAUAUGUGUGUUGGCAUUUUUGGGUAUAUAGCAUUCGUCAAUAAACCAUUUACAGGAAAUAUCCUAUUAAGUUUCGAACCAGGAUUUAUAUCUCAUCUUAUGAAAGUUGGCUUUAUUUUUUCAGUUGCGUUUAGUUUUCCACUCGUCAUCUUUCCAUGUAGAGCUAGUUUGUAUUCAUGCUUGUAUAAGGAAGGAUAUUCUGUACACGAAGGCAGCAUAAAUUAUAUUCCUGAAGGAAAGUUCAAAGGUAUUACGAUUUUAAUAGUGGGUGUUUCACUUGUUAUGGGAAUCCUUAUUCCGAAUAUUGAAUUGGUGUUAGGUUUAGUGGGCUCGACCAUAGGAGUUAUGAUCUGUGUAUUAUUUCCUGUAAUAUGUUUUAUUUGCAUUACUCAGAAGAACACCAAUGAAAAGAUUAUUGCGCAAUUUCUACUUAUGAUUGGAGUUUUCGUAAUGGUUGUAGGAACAUAUAAAAAUUUACAAACUGUAGAUAAUUUAGAACCGAUUAUAAUCACAGUGAAACCAAUUGAAUUCGACCCUGUAAAAAUAGAAGACAAUGUUAAUAAGCUCCCAUUUACUGUGAAGUCAGAGAUAAAGCCUGAGUUAGUAACAGUUGAGAAUAACGUAAAAGAAAUCAGACACGAACCUCCACAACCUAUUGAACCCAUAGAAGAAGAACCUAAAAAAGAUGAAAAACCUAGAAGCGUUGAAGAAAUGGAUAAACCUCUAAAGCAGCUAGAAACCAUAAAUCCCGCUGACAAAAUUGAGAUAGUAGCUCCUAAAGCCAGUGUAGUCAAUGAUACUAAAAACGAUCAAGUAGAUAUAGAAGCCAUAAAAAAGGAGGACAAAGAGGAGUUACUGGAGAAAUCGAAUACAUUGAAAGAAAAGGAUCAUGUAGAUGACCAUAAGGUCUUAAUAGAAUCUAUAAAAAAGCAAAACGAAGUUCAGAAAGAAAUUGUGGAGCAACAGAAAGAAUUAUUGGCAGUUAUAAAGAAACAACAGAAAGUUGAAGAAGAAAAGAAGAUGAACGAAGUUAAACAGGAGAAAAUGAAAGCUGUGAAAGAAAUUGAAAGCAUUGCUCUUAAAGCUAUAGAAAAGAUUAGUGAAGGAGAAGAUGCUAAAAAAGUAGUUGAUGAUGUAAAAAAGGGCAUAGAACGAAGUGAACUAAAAGAAAAGAAAAUAGAAGAAAGUUUGAAAAAGGAUAAGCAAGAGGUUGAGGAUAUUUUAAAUAGGGUCAAUGAUCAAAAAGAUAAAAAUAAAUCCAAAGAAUUAGAUAACAAAGCAAAAGUUAACAAAGAGUUUGAGAAAAAUGUUGAAAAUGUUAAACAAGAGGUCCAAGAAAUAAGUUCCCAGCUGAACGAAAUAAAUAAAAACUUAAAAAAUCAGCAACAGCAACCAAUUGCUAGCAAUAUUUUACCACCAAACUCACCUAAUAAUGAAAUUCCGUUACAGAAUUUGCCCAAUACAGGAGACAGAAAUACUGAGGAACGUAGAGAUCAACCACAGAGUAAAGACAUUAUUCCAAAAUUAAUUCCAGAUUCAGAAUCUAAGAUAGAAUUAAGUAAAAAUGGAUCAAUGUAUUUAAAAUCUGGUCAAAAAGAUAUAAAAAUCAUAGAAGAAACCAAUCCUUCGAAGCGUCUUCCUUUACCCAUAGUAUCACAGCUAAAUAAAAAUAUCAAUAAUCCCCUACCAAACAUAGAAUCUAAGGAAGAAAAGAACAAAGUUUUAGAAGAAGACGGUAAUAAUGAAGCCCAAGCUAUGAGAAGAGAUAUAUUAAGUGUGUCUUCUAAUUAAUAUUUUGUUGUGAAAAAGUGUUAGGUUGAAUUUUCUUAAUAUCUGAAUGAAAUAAUUUUUGUUUUUGUAUAUGCUGGUCUCUUCUUCUUCGGCAACAAUUUUGCAUCCACUCCUGAAUGUAGGUCUCUCCCAAUUAAAUCAAUCUUGCUCUACCUUGUGCUAAGCUAAUACAUUGUUUGACUGCUACCUACUGCUCUUAUGUCACCUACCCAUCUCUUUUGGGCUCUUCCCAUGCUUCUUGGAGUCCUUGUUCUCAAUUCUAGGAUUUUCUGUAUCCACUUAUCAUUAUAUCCGGCUAUGUAACUGGCCCAGAGCCAUUUUCUUCCAAUAUAUCCCUGAUAUUUAUUCUACGUCUUAUCUUGGUGUUUCUGAUCUUAUCUCUCAGUGAUACUUAUUCCAAUCAUAAGCAGUUCCAUUGCCAAACUUAGUAUGCAUGUGUUAUACACUUUUUUCUUUAAGUUUCUAGAAAUGGAGGUGUUUUUCAAGAUAUAUGUUAGUUUGCCGAAAGCAGCCAAUGCCAAUUGUGUUCUGUUAGUUUCAGCAUCUUCAUUUGGUUUUCUCAUGUUGAUGGCAUGGCCCAGAUCUUUACAUAUAAUGUUUAAUAUUUUCUGUGGUAUAGUUUUGUAUUGUUAUAUUUGUCUGGUUCUAACUCAUUAUUUUACUGUAGUUCAUUUGCAAGCCUACUGCUCCGGAAACUUCAUUUAAUUGUUGUAACAUUUCAUUUAGUUCUUGGAUAUUAUCUUCUAUUAAAACUAUGUCAUCUGCAAAUCUCAAAUGGUUUAAGGAUGAUCUGUUGUAUUCUGGUACACAUAUAUCUUAUAGUGAGGUAGGGUUAUCAUCUUCACUGUAUCUCUCGACCACCUUAUGCCUAUGUGUGCUUAUAUAUGCAACUCUCGUUAGAUACUCUUUAUAAUGUGUGUACUUAGUUCCAUUCUGGCAUGCAGUUUUCACAAAAUAACUGUAAAUAUUUCUCCUAUUAUUUUUAUAAUGAAUUCCCUAUUUUGUGAAACAUUUUUUUGUGGUUUUAUACAUUUUUUGUAUUAAGUAGAGAAGUUUUAUAUAAAUUAUAUUCUUGUUUUUUAUAUAUAUGCAGCCUGAAAGGACUGUAUUGUUUUCAUUUUUUAUUGAAUUGAGUAUGCAUAUAGUAGAUGGGUAGUUACAUAUUUUCUUAUGUACUUAAAUUGUUUAUAUGGUGCCUCACUGGUACAUUUUAGUGGUUGAUCUCGAAAAUUGUGUAAUUUAUUAUUUAUAAAGUCCAGCACAUUUCUAAGGCUCAUUCAAUUGUAGAACCUCUUGCUAUCUUAAAAAGUCGCCCACAAGGGCCCCAUUUCUUAGAUACUUGAAUGAGAAAUGUCAGCAUAGACUUACUUUCGUUUAAAAUCGGGAACAAAUCACUUAUAUUACAAUUUAGAACAUCAGAUAUUUUUGAUAGUAUUUUAGCAAAUUGUAUAGUUUAUUAUAGAGAGGAAGUAUAUAUUGCCCAGAUUGUGUUUUAGUAAUUAUCUGCACUAGCCCAAAUUAGCGAAGAGACUCGAGUUCUGAGUGUGUGCAAUUCGAAACAGUGGGGAAUGCUUCGUUCCCUUUGAAUUCACAAAGCACUUACGUUCAUAUAAUUUAAAGGUUACUUUUUUGCAGUGUUAUUGAUAUUAAUUUGUGAUAUAAAUAUGAAAAACAUGUGAAAACGACAAGUUGUAAAUCAUCAAAUGCAAGAAGCAAUGUAUAACGUCUUAAAAUUUACAAAAGAUAAAGUAGAAAAUUAAUGCAAUUUAACCUUCGGAGUACGAAGACUGGGUCAAGCGUGACCCGAAAUUCACUUAUGUCGUAAUAUUUUAUAUAAUAAUUUUUUUACAAAUUCGAUUGAUCGUAAGUUCUCCUUAUUUGUUUCAAUCUAUUUUUUCGUAUAUAAUUCGUGAACAUGCAAAUUACAGUUUUUCCUCUACGUAACAUCUAUGAUGCCGGGUCAUUCCUGACCCAGUCUUCGGAUUUCGAAGAAUAUUUUCGAUAUGUUUGUAGGUACACGUAAAUCGCAGCUGUCUCUGUUUAAGAGUAUAGGUAUUCAAAUAUAUGGCCGGAGCGAAUUAACCUAUGCCCGUUUUCUGUAAGGUAUUAAAAUCUGGACGCCGGAGCGAACUAGUAUAUGCCCAUGGGGAACCAUCUUAAAAAAUUGAAAUACAAUAAUUUAGGAUUAUAAUUGUUAUGUUUGUUUGUUUUUUGUUAAAUUAAAGAUACUGUUUAAUAAUACUGACUAUUUAAAACAUCCGUAUAAAUAAAAUGAGAAUGGGUCACGCUUGACCCACCAUCGUAAUCUAAGUAAGUCAAAUAAUCUCCGUACUCCGAAGGUUAAUAUUUGUACCUGUGUUUCCUUAUGAAACAUGUAUAAUAUCCUUUUGCAGGGUACAUCUCUCUUUUUCUAUCGUCUGCGCGCCUUAUAGUUCUUCGCUCUUUCGGGCUAGUGUAAGUGUAUAAUGGGCAAUUUAAAGAAGACUGUAUUAUUUCUAAUAUAUUUAUUACUAAAACCGUUACAUAUUUAUUUGAUAUUUCACACUUUGGACAAAACCUGUAACUUUUGAUUUCCUUUUAAAAAAAUCAAAUUGUAUUCGCAUUAAAAUCCACAAGCCAGACAAUUGUCUAGAGUCUAUGUAGAAUACUAGUUUUGUCUUUUGCUUUGUUUUAUAUUGGUUGAAUAUUCUAAAAGACCAUUCUAUGUAAAAAGAACUACACAGUAACAUAUCCUCUCCUAUCUCAUGAAAUCGUAUAGAAUAUUUUGCAUUGUCCGUUCUUUAACGGUAAAAUAUUGCAAAACCUCUAAAUUUUAAAGAACCGCUUGGAUUGACAUAAAAUUUGGCAUACACAUAGCUAACAAGUCAAAGAAAAAAAGUGAUAUUGUGCCGAUAUGUGCUUUUGCCCUGGGGAUGGUUUUCACCCCCUUUUGGGGGUGAAAAAAUAUUCGUCCAAAGGAAGUCAGGAAAUCGAUAAACUGGCUAAUUUUAAGUAACUUUUGUUCUAUAGAGUUUUUUCACUAACUAAAUACUUUUCGAGUUAUUUGGCAGUGAAUAUGUUCAUUUUUUCAACAAAAUAACCACGCUUUUAGACGGUUUUUCGCAAAUAACUCAAAUAGUAAGUAUUUUGUCGAAAAAACAUUCUUAGCAAAAAUAUAGCCUGUAAAAAAAUUAAAAAAUUGUGUAUAUAUCACGUCUCUACACCUAGUAGAAGAAGAGUUAUAGCUAAUGAAAAAUAGGUUCAUAUUCGUCAAAUUCCAAAUGGAAUAAUUUAACGUGAAAUAACCAAAAAUGAAGCACAUUUCGGGGAAAACUCAUUACAACUUAUUUAAAGUGUUUAAAAAAAGCUUCAUUUUUGUUUUAUAAAAAAAAUUCUAGCAUCAAAAUUAAACAAGUUACGCUCAAAAUAAAGUUAGUCCCUUUUGGUUUUGGUAAAAAAAUCGAGAAAAUCACCCCCUAAUUAGUAUCUUAUAUUAACUUAAUCGUUACGACUUCACAAGUUUCUUGACUCGUGUAUAUAUUGUUUGUAUGAUCUGUAAGUUUCAUCGGUUCAAAGUCCUUAUUAUUGAAACGGCUGUUAAAAGGGGUUGAACGAGUCACUGAUCACGAAUGUAUGCAAAUUUAGAAACACCAAAUCUCAAUCAAUUUUUGUCUAACAGAAAAACAAAAAAAUACAUGAUAUUCAGAAAAGCAAAUCUGACUUUUCUAUUUUUCAAGAUUUUUGGUAUCUAACAAUUUUUAAGUUAUUUUGAAAAAAUGGAUAUUUUUCAAAAUUUAAAUUUUUAAAAAUUUUACUUUGAAACCAAUUUUUUUCAAAAAUAAGCACUUUAAAUCGAUGAAACUUACAGAUCAUAUAAACACAACAUAAGUAAAAUAAUUUUUGGAGCGGUAACGAUUAAUUUCAUUUAAGUUGCUAAUUAGGGGGUGGUCUUCCCGAUUUUUUUUUGCAAAAACAAAAGGAACCAACGUUAUUUUGAGUGUAACUUGCUUAAAUUUAAAGCUAGAAACUUUUUGUAAAAACAUAAAUAAAGCUUUUUUAAACACUUUAAAAAAGUUAUAAUGAAUUUUUCCCAAAAAGUGCUUAAUUUUUUGGAUAUUUUACGUCGAAAUAUUCUAUUUGAAAUUUGGUGAAUAUGAAUCUAUUUUUCAUUGGCUAUAACUCUGGUUCUGCGACAUUCAGAGACCUAACGCGUACACCAUUAUUUUUACUUUUUUAUAGGCUAUAUUUUUGCUAAGAACGUUUUUUCGAUAAAAUACUUACUUUUUGAGUUAUUUGCGAAAAACCUAAAAAUGUGGUUAUUUUGUUGAAAAAUGAACAUAUUCACUCGCAAAUAACUCGAAAAGUGUUGACUUGGCGAAAAAGCUCUAUAGAACAAAAGUUACUUAAAAUUAGUCAGUUUACCCAUUUCCGGACCUAUUUUGGGCAUAUAUUUUUUCACUCCCAAGAGGGGGUGAAAGUCACCCCCAGGGCAAAAGCACACAUCGGCACAAUAUCACUUUUUUUCUUUGACAUGUAAGCUAUACGUAUGCCAAAUUUCAUGUCAAUCCAAGCGGUUCUUUAAAAUAUAGAGCAAAAACCGUGAAAGAAUGGACUAUUAAUGAUAGCAUUAUGAUAGUAUAUUUUAAUACCGAUUAUAUACAGAGUGUAACAAAAAGGCAGGUCAUAAAUUAACUCACAUAUUCCGAUCUGAAUUUAAUUUAUGACCUACGUUUUUGUUGCACCCUGUAUAUUGUGCUACAGCAAAUGCCAAUUAUGAUGAAAUUUCGUGCAGUUUCUAAAACUGCCCAUUUUAGCGACAUUAGUUAAGGAGACCAUGACAGGUGUCAGUUUUUUUUUCAUUCUGGAAAUAUUAACACUUUAAAUACUCCACUGAAUAAAUGCCUAGCUUGUAAUCAUUUCGUAAGAAGAGUCUGGCGACUCGAGCCGAAAGUUUGUUAUAGACGAAAAUACAUCAUAAAUGACAUUUGUUGUAUCUACAGUGUGGAAGGCACUUAUGGAAUAAAAUUAUUUCUGUCCUUGUAUCAAAAAAUUAUAAAAACGCUGAGACCCGUCGAUUUUUAAAUAAAAAGUUGCACUUUUUAAAGAUAAAUUUAAAUAUACAGGGUGAUCCAAGUCUAGCAGAGUCCAUAUGCUUUAUUUUUAAUGGAACACCCUGUAUAUUAUUAUAUUUUUAAAAGCUGCUUAACAACUUGAUUUCAACGAAUUAUAUUAUGUAGGGUGUAUUAUGAAUAAUACAGGGUGAAAUUUUGAAAUUACCAAGUAUGGAAACCACUUAUGGAAUAAAAUUGUUUGUAUCCUUAUUUUAAAAAAUUAUAAAAAAUACUGGGACAUGUCAACUUUUAAAUUCAAAUGGUCGCUUUACAAACAUAAAUUUAAAUAUACAGGGUGAUUCACGCAAGUACAGCAUAGUCCAUGAUCUUUAGUUUUAAUGGAUCACCCUGUACAUUUUUAUAUUUUUAGAAUCUGCUAAACAACCUAUUGACAACCUAUAUAACAACCAUUAUGAACAAUACAAGGUGAAAUUUUGAAAUUAUUUAUAAAUUUUGUCAAGACCUUAAAUACAAAACCCAAUAGAUUUAAUACUUAGUUUAGAAAAUUGAUACCUUUAUUUAGCUAAUUUAAAAUAUAUACCAUUAUUUAAAGCAUGAUACCUUGCCGAAAAUUACACAUAAUUUUAAAAUUUCAUCUUGUAUUAUUUAUAAUACGCCCUACAUAAUAGGUAUACACUUGUUUGAUAUGAGGUUGUUUAACAGAUUCUAAAAAUAUAUAGGGUGAUCCAUUAAAACUAAAGAUCAUGGACUAUGCUAUAUGUGCGUGAAUCACUCUGUAUAUUUGAAUUUAUGUUUGUAAAGCCACAGUAUAAAGAGGGACAGUAGAACCACUCUCUGAAAAAUUGAAAGUAAAAUCUGUAAUCGCGCAUGGCGACCGCGCAAUGUUGGCAGUCGCUUUUGCCCCACUCUCGCAUUGCUAUUAGCAUAGAAACGUACGGCUUUUAACAGGGAAAACCCGCAUCCACCACUGGUGAAUUACCAAUUGCGUACUGCCGAUAUUACUUCCUGAGAUCAAAGCGCCGACAGAAGAGUGAUUUUACUGUGGAAUCUCUAUACUCUAUAUAGUGUGGUAAAGCGCCCAUUAGAAUUUAAAAGUUGACAUGUCCCAGUAUUUUUUAUAAUUUUUUAAGCUAAAGACACAAACAAUUUUAUUCCAUAAAUGGUUUCCAUACUCUUUAAUUUCAAAAUUUCGCCCUGUAUUAUUCAUAAUACACCCUACAUGAUAUAGUUUGUUAAAAUCAGGUUGUUAAGCAGCUUUUAAAAUUAUAAGAAUAUACAGGGUAUUCCAUUAAAAAUAAAGCUCAUGGACUCUGUUAGACUUGCAAGGAUCACCCUGUACAUUUAAAUUUAUGUUUAAAAAGUGAACAUUUUUAUUUAAAAAUCGACGGGUUUCAGCAUUUUUUAUAAUUUUUUUAAACAAGGACAGAAAUAAUUUUAUUCCAUAAGUGCCUUCCACCCUGUAUAUAAACCAUGCUGUUGAAUACAAUUUAUUUCAUAAACAACGUUUUUUUAAAAUGUGAUACUUAUGAUUGUUGACUGUGAUUCUUGUAAAUAUAGCAAUAGGUUGUAUAGAUUUGUAAGAAAUAGAAUGUAAUACAUGCUGAAAA